UCAGAGGCAGGAUCUAAUAAACGAGAAAUGAAAUUACAGAGUCUCUAAAUGAAAUGGGAACUCACCAAACGUCUGCGCUUCAAAGGCAAUAUCAUGUUGGCCACGACUGAGAUACCAUUUGCCAUUGCUGUAGCCGCCCUGUGGAAUUGGCUCAGCAUCCGGAGUGACUUUUCGACAUCGGUUGGUAGUAAAACAUACCGCAAUGCAACUAUCCCCAUUUGGCUUACGACUACCUUCACACCAGACCUGUUUGUUCGUUUCUGGAUCAUAAUCUGAGGUGUGAUAGGAGUUGCUAUCGAUAGAAAUCGUCCAUUUCUCGAUACGCCAUUCAGCAUCCGUGAAUUGGAGCUUCCUGUUAACGGAUACCUUUGUCCAAUCAGUAUACACGAGAUUCUGGCAGGGGGGAUUCGGGGGUGGCUUAGGCUGUUCGGAAGGUGG